GUGAAUCUGUGUUUAAUUUUCUCCAGUAAUAAACAACGACAUAAUGUCAUCAUUUAAAGUACCCUUUCUCUCUUCCUUUAAUGGUCUAGGGGUUCGCUUUUUUCUUCACACACUUCUGCUUUGGUAGGUUGUGCCGUUGAAGUGAUGGGCCCGAAACUCCACUGAAGAUUUUAAUGGUGCGAGUGGUCUCUAUCCUUCUUUCAGCGCUCCAUUUGCCCCCCUGUUUUCUACUGUCUCGCAUUUGGGUUUCUUUGGGUUUUUCUCUGAAAAGAUAAGAUCUUGAGUUCUCUGAUUUCUCUGUCUGAUGGCCAUGGGAGCUGACUUUCUGAGGUUUGGGCACAUGGCUUUUUGAUUUUGGACAUAGGUUUUGGAGAUAAUGGGGUAAUGAAGUUGGGUUAGUGUUUUGGUCAACUGCGGUUGACUCUGGUUUGGUCUUUGCUUUCAAACGUAUUGAGCUUGUGAUUCUUAGGCUAUUUUUCAGCUGCCCGUGAGUUUCUUCAGAUGGGUGUUUGAUUCUAAAUGUCAGUUUUGGAUAUUACGAAAUAACUUUACUGAAUAAUCAGAGUGACUUCGUGUUAUGUUUUGAAGGUAGGUUUUGGUCCUGUAGUGACAGCGAUCAUUAGGUUUUGUGAUCAGUUGUGCGUUUGUUGCAUUUACGUGUUUGUGUGGGAAAUGGUGAUUGGAGGAUAGUUACUUGAUUUUGGAGGUGGGGUUUUGACAAAUCUGGUGUUGGCAAGUCCUUGGACGACGAGAAAUGGACAGAAUGAUUCAACCGCCUCUGGUUGAUACAACUUGUUUAUGUAGGGUAGAUGCAGGCCUCAAAACUGUUGCUGGCGCCAAAAGAUUUGUUCCUGGGACAAAGCUCUGUCUUCAGCCUGACAUUAAACCAUCCAUUCAUCCAACAAGAAGCAAGCCAUCACGUGGUGACAGGAGUCGAAAUCAAUCCCCUCUGCUCCCAGGACUCCCUGAUGAUCUUGCUAUUGCUUGCCUAAUCCGUGUCCCAAGAGUUGAGCAUAGGAAACUCCGGCUGGUCUGCAAAAGAUGGUAUCGUCUUUUGGCUGGCAACUUCUUUUACUCACUUCGUAAAAGCCUUGGGAUUGCAGAAGAAUGGGUAUAUGUCAUUAAAAGAGACCGAGAUGGGAAAAUAUCAUGGCAUGCCUUUGAUCCUAUAUAUCAGCUUUGGCAUCCCCUCCCCCCAGUCCCUAAGGAAUAUUCUGAAGCCCUUGGGUUUGGUUGUGCUGUCCUUAGUGGGUGUCACCUCUACCUGUUUGGUGGUAAAGACCCGCUAAAGGGAUCAAUGAGACGGGUCAUAUUUUAUAGUGCCAGGACUAAUAAAUGGCACCGUGCUCCAGAUAUGCUUCGCCGGCGACAUAUUUUUGGAUCUUGUGUCAUAAACAAUUGCUUGUAUGUAGCGGGCGGAGAGAAUGGCGGUGUGCACCGAUCCUUGAGAUCAGCUGAAGUCUAUGAUCCUAACAAGAAUCGGUGGUCCUUUAUUUCGGACAUGAGCACAGCAAUGGUUCCAUUUAUUGGGGUUGUCUACGAGGGCAAGUGGUACUUGAAAGGGCUCGGGUCUCAUCGACAGGUUCUGAGCGAGGUCUAUCAACCUGAAACUGACAGCUGGCACCCGGUUUAUGAUGGAAUGGUGGCAGGCUGGAGGAACCCAAGUACUUCCCUUAUUGGGCACCUUUAUGCUUUGGACUGCAAGGAUGGCUGUAAACUUCGGGUUUAUGAUGAAGCUACUGAUUCCUGGAGCAAGCAUAUUGACAGUAAAAUGCAUUUAGGGAAUUCUCGAGCAUUGGAAGCAGCUGCUCUUCUUCCCCUUAACGGCAAACUGUGUAUCAUCAGAAACAAUAUGAGCAUUUCUCUGGUGGACGUUUCAAAAUCUGAAAAUGCAAGGGAUCCUGCGGCUGAACAUUUAUGGGAAACUAUAGCAGGGAAAGGACAGUUCAAGACUUUGGUCACAAAUCUCUUGUCCAGCCUUGCUGGCCGGAACCGCCUGAAAAGUCACAUUGUUCACUGUCAGGUUCUUCAAGCUUGAACACCGUAAAUAAGAACUAAAUGUGGCUCUGAACUUUUUAACGUCUCUUUGUUUCUGAUGGUCUAUGACAGGCAUGGGAAGCUGAUGCACAUAAACUUGUUGUAGGUUCAAAUUGGACGUAUAAAUCAUGUUUACCAUGAUGGGUACUAGAUGGAUGAGGAUGCUUGUUUUGCUAGACUUUUUUGUUACAAAAAUAUAUAAUACACAGUCGUUACAAAUUAAAGAUUUAA